GGCAAAUCGGCAAUGAGUAACCGACCAACCAACAGUUAGCGUGAGUGAUUCAUAUGCAAGCAAAUUCAACGGCAGCCGUUGGAUGAAAUAGCAAUCAAUCACAAUAACCAAAUCGCGGAAAACACUGAGAACAAAAGCCAAACGCACCAUCAUUCAUCACUGUGAAGAGAAAAAAACAAGCCAACGUAAUAAACUGAGUGACUUUUUGUUGAAAGAAUAGGAAUCUGUAUAUCGAAGCAAGGCGGUGCGGCUAGCGGAGCCGUUGCGCAGAGGCUCUCGCAACCAGCUGCGCCACCUAACACCGCCACUACGGCAAACAUCUGCGACAAGUCAUCGCCUACAGACAUGAAGGGCCUCUUCAAAUCUAAGCCGCGAACUCCCGUUGACAUCGUGCGGCAAACGCGUGAUCUCCUCAUCUAUGCUGAUCGCUCCCCCGAUAGCCGUGAAUCCAAGCGCGAAGAGAAGAUGGCAGAAUUAUGUAAAAACAUAAGGGAGUUGAAGUGUAUUCUUUAUGGAAAUAGUGAAUCCGAGCCAGUCUCUGAAGCUUGUGCGCAAUUAACUCAGGAGUUCUUUAGAGAAAACACGCUACGACCCUUGAUCACUUGUCUUCCUAAAUUGAAUUUAGAGGCGAGGAAAGAUGCAACUCAAGUUGUUGCAAAUUUGCAAAGGCAGCAAGUGCAGUCGCGGUUGAUUGCUUCUGAUUAUUUGGUGGCCAACAUAGAUCUUAUGGAUAUUUUAAUGGCAGGUUAUGAGAACACAGACAUGGCUUUACAUUAUGGUGCAAUGUUAAGAGAAUGCAUACGUCAUCAGACUGUUGCAAGGUAUGUUUUGGAAUCUCAACACAUGAAGAAGUUUUUUGACUAUAUACAACUUCCAAAUUUCGACAUUGCUGCUGAUGCUGCUGCAACUUUUAAGGAGCUUCUGACAAGGCAUAAGUCGACUGUAGCUGAAUUUCUUUCCAAGAACUAUGACUGGUUUUUUGCAGAAUAUAACUCCAAGCUGCUAGAAUCUAUCAACUACAUUACGAGAAGACAAGCUAUUAAGUUAUUGGGGGAUAUUUUGUUGGACCGCUCAAAUUCAGCUGUGAUGACCAGAUAUGUGAGCUCAAGGGAUAAUUUAAGGAUUCUUAUGAAUCUUCUAAGGGAAUCAAGCAAGAGCAUCCAAUUAGAAGCUUUUCAUGUUUUCAAGUUGUUUGCCGCAAAUCAAAACAAGCCUCCAGAUAUUGUUAGCAUACUGGUUGCAAAUAAAAGCAAGCUUUUACGUUUGUUUGCUGAUUUCAAACCUGAUAAAGCGGACGAACAGUUUGAGGCAGACAAGGCUCAAGUUGUGAAAGAAAUAGCCGCCCUUAAUCUUUAAGACUGGCCUGGCAUAGUUGGCUUUAAUACAUGAUAUUCUUGUUAUUUCUGGUUUUAAUGUUAUUAAAACAGUUGAUUGUGAUUCAUACAGCGUUGUUGUUGUCCUUUUAGGACCCGUGUGCAGUAUUAUACAUAUAUGUAAAAGAGGUUCUUACUAUAAAAUAUUUCUUCAUCGUCA